AUGGCAAUUCGCGAGGUGGCACGCCCCAAAAGUCGCGAAGACUUCGAAAUCGCAAUUGUUUGCACCGAAGACGUUGAAUACAAUGCCGUCUGCAUCGUACUCGAUGGUUUCUGGGAUGAUGAUGGAGAUCCCUUUGGCCGGGCUAUCGGAGAUUUUAAUACCUACACUAUAGGUCAUAUGGAAGGAUUCAAUAUUGUUAUCACGCUUCUAUGCAACUCAGGCAAAGCCACAGCGGCAAGCACAGCGGCAAGCCUUCGCUCUAGCUAUCCACGCAUCGAACUUUUAUUGCUUACGGGAAUCUGCGAAGGUGUCCCAAAUGCCAUGGGCAAAGAAUUGCUGCUGGGAGACAUAGUCAUUAGCGAUACCGUUAUCCAGUACGACUUGGGCCGCCGUUAUGCUGAUGGAUUCCGUGAGAAGGACACCCUCGAAGAGAGUCUUGGCCGGCCAGAUAAGAAUGUUCGGAAUUUGAUCACUGUACUUAAAACAGAUAUCGGAUUACUGCGCCUCGAGGAAAAGCUUUCAUCUUAUUUACGAAAGAUGCAGAGCCGGGCAUCCGAAGAGCAAUAUCAGCGGAGAUCCAAGGCAACUUAUCAGUAUCCUGGUUCUACAAAUGAUAUACUGUUUGAAUCAGCUUAUUGUUACAAACACUACGGCUCACCGCUGUGCAAAUGCGGCGAUUACAUUGCGCUUGGCGAUCCUGUAUGUGGCAAGUCUGCAAAGAUACCCUGCGAACAAACUGGCUGUGAAAGGAGCCAUCUGGUCUCUCGAAUGCGCCUAGAGAAUAAGAGAAUAUUGGAAGAUGAUGGCGAUGUCGAUUCUGCUCAACAGCCAUCCAUUUUUAUUGGCAGAUUUGGAUCUGGUGAUACAAGCUUCAGUGCAGGGAUUGAUCGGGAUCGAAUUGCACAGAAGCAUAACAUCAUCGCCUUUGAGACAGAAGGCGCUGGGGUCUGGGACGAAUUGCCUUGCAUCAUUGUCAAAGGCGUAUCUACUUAUGGAGAUGGUCAUGAAAUGGGCGAUUCAGAGGCCUGGCAAAACUUCGCCGCCGCAACAGCCGCAUGUGCCGCAAGAGGUUUAAUCAGUCGCUACCCUCAGACUGACAAGUCGCUCGUCGUGGAGCCUGAGAACCAGAUGGAUAUAGUUUUCAGGAGCCAGGCAGAUUUAACUUGUCUCAGGGACUUGUACAUCACCAGCCCACCAAACGACAAGAUUCGUAUUGAACAAACCAAAGGCGGUUUACUAACAGAUGCUUACGUUUGGAUUUUAAAAAAUGAUUCGUACAAACAGUGGAUUGAAGACGCAAACACAUGUCUCUUAUGGAUAAGAGGCGACCCUGGAAAAGGAAAGACAAUGCUGCUAUGCGGUAUCAUUGACCAACUGCAGCAAUCGGAGCUUUCCGGAAACCUAUACUACUUUUUCUGCCAGGCAACGGAUUCUCGUCUCAAUGACGCAUCUUCAGUUUUACGUGGACUCCUCCAUACCCUUAUUUCUAGACAACCGUCUUUGAUAUCCUACGUCAGGAAAAAAUAUGACAAAUCAGGCAAAACCAUUUUCGAAGAUUCAAAUUCAUGGGUCGUGCUAUCACAGAUCUUUUUCAAUAUACUUGGGGAUCCCUCUAUAAAGGGCCUGACCUUCCUUAUCGAUGCUCUAGAUGAGUGCACGAAAGAUUCAUCAAAGCUUCUAAAGUUAAUAAGGCAAACCUCAUCAUCUUUACAAGCCAAAUGGCUUGUCUCAAGUCGUAAUGAGGCAAGUAUUCAAGAUGUGCUACUACACGCCGAGAAUCAAUCAAUUGUUAGUCUUGAGAUCAACUCAGAAUCUGUAUCGGCCGCUAUAAAAACCUACAUCGACUAUAAAGUGGAAAUUUUAUCCAAUGAAAAAGGAUAUCAGCAGGGCAUGAGAAACUCAAUACAAGAAUAUCUUACCAAGAACGCAGAUGGCACGUUUCUUUGGGUUGCUUUAGUCUGUGAGAUGCUGGAAAAGGCUCCAUCUUUUGACCCCAGUCCAGAGUCAGCCAGGUACCCUCGGGGACUUGAUAACCUUUAUGAUCGUAUGAUGGUCAAAGUUUGCAGCAAUGAGUCAGACUGGGGCAGGCGAAUCCUAUCCAUCAAUACUGUUGCACGGCGGCCGCUCAGAAUACAGGAGCUGGAGACAUUGACUUUCUAUCCUGCCAAUGUGAAGGUCACAAUUGAACUGUUGGAGAAACGUUGGGAAGAAGCUCUGGGCUAUUGUGGAAAUUUUCUAACGCAGAGAAAAGGCGUCGUAUAUUUCAUCCACCAAUCUGCCAAGGAUUUUAUUCUCAACAAGGCCUCUUGUCAACUGUUUCGCGACGGUAUGGAACAUACUCACAAGCACAUAUUCAAGCUCUCCAUCUCUGUAAUGAUGACCGCCUUGAAACGAGACAUCUAUGGUCUAUCUAAACCAGGAUUCUUAAUCUGUGAUCUAGCUAGUCAGCACGUUCCAAGUCCUGACCCACUAGCUCCAGUCGGAUACUGCUGUGUCUAUUGGAUCGAUCAUCUUGAGAAAUCAAUCUCGCAGUCUGGUGACAGUGAAGAUACAGAAAGCCUAUACACUUUCUUCUGUGAGAAGUUUAUUUACUGGCUAGAGGCCUUGAGUCUACUUCGAAGCAUGUACCAAGGAACACUUGGAAUACAAAAGUUGGAGAAGCUAUUGGCGAAUGCAAAGGGGCAUGAGUUGAAAGAACGGAUCUGGGAUGCUCGCCGGUUUAUCCAGAUGUUUGGCAAAGUUAUAGGAGAUGCUCCUUUACAAGCCUACAUAUCAGCAUUGCUCUUUAGUCCAGCCGAAAGCAUCACUCGCAAACAAUUUUACUCGGAAGCCCCGCGUUGGAUUCAAUCAUGGCCCAAUGAUGUCACAAAUUGGACUUCGUGUACACAGAAGCUUGAGGGAAUGUCAGGGGGCAGGUAUGGAUCCUUGACCAUUUCUGCUUGCGGUACUUGGCUAGCGGCCUGUAUUGAAUAUCACCAAAAAAUCUUGAUUUGGGACAUUAAAUCGGGAAGACCACUAUGCAGCCUUGAAUCAAAAGAGGGUCUCAGAGGGAGAAAAGGCAAUUGGUUCAAGUUUUCUCCACGGAACGACAACGAGUUGGCAAUCCUAAAUAGUGACCAAACCCUGCUGACCUUCUGGGACAUCACCACAAAUGAACCUGUACGACAAAUUGAACUCCCGAGGCAAUCUGGAACAUGGCACUUGUCCUUUCUGCCAUCCGCGCCUGACAUUGUCGGUAUAUCCAUUGGCGACGACGAUGAAAACUACUCUGUUGCAUUCUUGAACACUCAAAGACAAGAGAAACUCCGCAUCAAAGCUUUGAAUUUACCCCAUUUACCAGGCAGAGCCUACGUGCAUGCAAUUGCAUUCUCACCCGCCAACAGCGGCGUACUCGGCUUCGCCUUUCAGGACAAGGUAAUGAUUGUCUAUGACAUUGGUACAGACACUGCUGUUCGUGCUUUACCUUUAGAUCUGGUCAUAUCUAUUGCGAGCUCCCCAGAUGGCAAAUACAUGGCUGUCCUCUCUAAGAACAGGCCUUUCAUUAGCAGUGAAGCUACUGUCUCGUGUACUCUACUUGAUUGUGUGACGGGUGCCGUUUCAUUCAAGUUUACAGUAUCCACCAGCGUCUAUGGGAGCCUAAAUUUUUCACCGGAUGGACGGCUGCUGGGGGUUGGCAUCGAUGGCAACGUCGAGAUUUGGGACAUGGCGUCGCACCAAUGCGUACAAAAGAUCGGAAAGAUCUCCGGUUCUUUUUAUUUCUCCCCCAUGGAGAAUAGCAAACUCUUUUGCGGCUCCUACGGAUCCAUUGACGUAAUAGAAAUUGGCCAGCACGAGAUCAUGUCUCCGCCAAACACACCUAUUUCCCCUUCUCCGGUGAAGAUUUCACCUGAUGGGAGACUGGUGCAAAACACAAAUCUUGAAACCGAAAACCUGACCAAAAGUCCACACGCCGGAGAAGAAUCUAGCAAUAUAGUACAUCUUCUAGAUUCUUGGAUUACAUUAAAUGGAGAGAGAGUCGUAUGGCUUCCGCCCGAAUAUCGACCUGCCAACGAUGAGUACAGCUGGGACACGAGAAGUAACUGCAUCGCAAUAUCAAAUUCAUUACGGCCACUUUCUAUCAUGAAAUUCGAUUGCCGUGUUUGGCCACGGCAAGUGGCUCUCCCAAGCCGAGAAGAGCGACAGCACACUUCCAGUGUAACCCAACGGCCCAAGCGUUCACGUUCGAGCCAACUUGAUGAAAAUGAGGAGUUUCUCGUUCUACACUUCGAUAUGGGACUGCCAAAUGGGAAAGAGGGAGGCAGAUAUUACGAAGGGCUGGAGAUUGAUGGAGAAGAGUCCUUCGUUGAUGGAGAAGAGCCCCUCGUCGAUGAUUUGUUAAGCUUUAUUCAGCCGAUUCCGGACGACUUUUGGCGAUAG